GCGGGGGACCGAGGGAAACGACGGUAGACAAAUUUUUGUGAAGUGUCCACAUAAUUUCUUUUGCUAUUUAGCGGUAGAUAAAUCAGCGUGUUUAAAACCAACCACCACCUGAGAUACAUUUGCAGGAGGAUUAAGCCUCGUCGUGCACACGUUAGAGAUGUCCAUUGUGCCCCCCAGUCGUUCGUCUACGGGCUGGCCGCGCGGUAGUGCCGUUCAGUUUGGGAACAAAUACAUCAGCGGGCCUGCUAAACCGCUCACACUGGAGAGGACCAUCAACCUCUAUCCUCUUACCAACUACACGUUUGGCACCAAGGAGCCUCUUUAUGAGAAGGACAGCUCAGUGGCCGCCCGCUUCCAGCGGAUGCGGGAAGAGUUUGAUAAAAUGGGAAUGCGAAGGACAGUGGAGGGCGUUCUCAUUGUCCACGAACACAGGCUACCUCAUGUGUUACUUCUGCAGCUGGGCACCACUUUCUUCAAACUGCCCGGGGGAGAGUUGAGUCCUGGAGAAGAUGAGGUGGAGGGUCUGAAACGCCUGAUGACUGAGAUCCUCGGACGGCAGGACGGCGUGAAACAGGACUGGGUGAUUGACGACUGUAUUGGCAACUGGUGGCGCCCAAACUUUGAGCCUCCACAGUAUCCUUAUAUUCCAGCUCACAUCACCAAACCUAAGGAACACAAGAAACUAUUCCUGGUUCAGUUGCAGGAAAAAGCGCUGUUUGCUGUCCCCAAGAACUAUAAACUGGUGGCAGCACCAUUGUUUGAACUAUAUGACAACGCUCCCGGAUAUGGACCAAUCAUUUCCAGUCUACCACAGCUAUUGAGCAGGUUCAACUUCAUUUACAACUGACUUAAGUGAACAGAAGUACGUCUGGCUGUCUCUGUGAGUGCAGCCCCGUCUGAGUGAAGAUGAGAGACAAUGUGGUGGAGAAAAGUAAAUCAUCUUUAGCUCAACUUUCACUAAACAAAAGCUUGUCAUGUCAGGUAUAUUGACAGUUCACAAGGGUGUUUAUACUGUCGGAAGAAAAUGAAAAUGUCGUGUUUUUCUUUUUUUUUUUUUUAACUUGAGAAAGUGCUAGUUUUUGUAGUAUACAAGUCUGUAUUCCAGUGUGAUAAGAACCUGGUUUUAUGUCCUCUCAGAGGAGACCAAUGUUUGAUUAAACAAACUACAUCAUUGAGUUUCCUGUUGUUUUAACCUGUAACAAUGCUGUGUUUUUUCCUUUUUAAUAAAGCAGUCUGAGUUUGUUUUUAUAAAGUUCGAGGAGAGAGUGAGUGGCUGACUGACACUGUUUCAAAGUAAAUAUAAACCUUUUUGGGAGGUGGUGCAUGGUCA